AUGGCAGCCGUGGGUGCACAGAACUCGGACAAUAUUUUCUGCUCCUUCUUACAGGACCGGACUCCCAACUCAUCCCCAGAGAACGCUGCCGCCUGGCAUCCCACUUUGGCCUUCUUAGCCGCUCCCUCUGCCUCCCAUUGCUCAGCCAGAUCUCCAGGGGCAUACGAGUCUGUGGGAAUGUUUCAGCUCUGGAGCAACGAAGUACCAUCGGGCUCCCACACCAUGGCUUUUGGGUUGCCCAAGAUGCCCUACCAGGUGGCAUCAAGCAGCAACGGCGGCAUUGCCCAUGAACUGCCGCUGACGCCACCGGCUGAACCCCCCUACUCGUUUGAGCUGUCGCCUGUCAAGAUGUUGGCCCCCACACUGCCCACUUCAUAUGCCUUCCAGGAGGCCCAAGACUUUACCACUUUUUUACAAGGCCCCAGGCCUUUGGGCCCAGCAGCAGGGUCCUGCCCCACGACCACCGAUGACGCCCCUUGGUGGAGCAUGCAGCAACCAGGCAACUUCUCGCUGGGUCGGCCGUUGGUCCUCAGCCCCCAGCCGCCCCUUGCUGCCCUCCUGCAGGGAUCUCCCAAGGGACUGUUGGGGACAGCUCGCCGCUGCCGCCGCUGCAAAUGUCCCAACUGCCAGGCAGCAAACGGGGCUAACGAGGAGCCGGGCAGGAAGAAGCAACACGUGUGUCACCUCCCGGGCUGCGGCAAGGUUUACGGCAAGACGUCCCACCUGAAGGCCCACCUGCGUUGGCACGCAGGCGAGCGCCCCUUCAUCUGCUCCUGGCUCUACUGUGGGAAAAGCUUCACCCGCUCCGAUGAGCUGCAGAGACACCUUCGGACACACACGGGAGAGAAGCGCUUCGGGUGCCAACUGUGCCCCAAAAGGUUUAUGAGGAGCGACCACUUGGCAAAGCACGUCAAGACCCAUCAGGGGAAGCGGGUGCGGGGCAUGGCAGUGAUGGCAGCCACGGUGGGCAUCAAGCAGGAGUGA